AAUCAGCGAACAGAGAGGCUUAAACCUCCCGCAGUCUACCUGCAGCCUUUAAUUAUCUCUUUGUGCUCACACAAAGAGUGCAAGUCAAGACCGGUCCGCGUCCAGCGCUCCUUCGUCAGUGUCAGUAUCUCUCUCCGGUCGGAAAGUGUCUCUCGGCAGUCAUGAAUCACCCGAGGACUCUCCGAGUCGAUUACGACCAAACUGCGAGCGUCACGUGCGUGGUGGGCUCGGAUCUUAACGUGAACCUGAACAGGAGCGCCCCUCCCACCUCCAGGUUCUUCUCUGUGAAGUGCACCCCCAGUGUUCAGUACGGCAUAAGCCCCUCCCCUCUGCUGGUGUCCCACCUCUCUCCCAUCCCUCUCGAGGAAAGAUCCGUCCUGCUCAUCCGCAUGAGCCAAGCCAGUAAACAUGAAAACGAUAGCAAGCUGUCUGUCCGGUACUACGGGGCCAGUCGGGAGGUCUUGGGGAGAGCAGUCCUGCACCUGACAGCUGUUGAGAUCUCUCUGGACGUGGAUGCAGACAGAGACGGCGUUGUGGAGAAAAACAACGUCAAUAAGGCAUCCUGGACAUGGGGUCCCAAUGGGCACGGAGCCAUCCUAUUGGUCAACUGCGACACAGAGAGGCGGUACAGGAAGAAACUAGACAGCGAGAGUGACCACGUCUCCGAGCGUUCAGACCUGAAGGACAUGUCUGUCAUGGUGCUGCGGACCAAAGGCCCCGCCAAGCUGCCGGAGGGCUACAAGCUCACCAUGCACAUCUCUCAGGGGGACGCGGAGAGCGUCAGAGUCUUCAAGACCCGAAGCUUCGAGAUGACGGCCAACAUGCAGACCGAAGAAGUCUUCUACAAGUACUUUGAAAGGGCGUUUCCGCUGGUGCUGAGCAGCGAGGUCCUGUCCCAGGAAGUGCCGUACCUCGGCGGAACCGGAGAGAUGAACUUUUACGCGGAGGGCCUCAGGUUUCCUGACAAAGACUUCAAUGGGCUCAUCCGCAUCCACCUCAGUCUGUUGGAGCCCAUCUCGACCGGUCUCCCUGAGACGCCUAUUUUCACCGACACGGUCGUGUUCAGGGUGGCCCCGUGGAUCAUGACACCCAACACCCUGCAGCCUUCAGAGGUGUUUGUCUGCAGCACGCCUGAUAACUUCCACUUCCUGAGGAGCAUGAAGCAACUCGUUGCGAGCAGCGGGUACAAGCUUAAGAUUUGCCACGCGUAUUUGAACCGAGGAGAUCGUUGGAUGCAGGAUGAGCUGGAGUUUGGUUACAUUGACUCACCUCAUCAUCGGUUUCCUGUUGUUCUGGAUUCCCCUCGAGAUGGAGAACUCAUGGAUUUCCCAUAUAGUGAGCUACUGGGACCGGACUUUGGCUACGUGACGAGGUUUGCCGAGAAGAAAGACGUGAGCAGCCUGGACUCAUUCGGUAACCUGGAGGUCAGUCCUCCCGUCACCGUGAAUGGAAAACACUUCCCUCUGGGCCGGAUCAUCAUCGGAGUGGCCUUCCCCACGGCAACCAAAGGACGGAACAUGACCAAAGUAGUUCAGGACUUCUUGUGGGCUCAGAAGGUCCAGGAGCCCAUCGCCUUGUUCUCCGACUGGCUCUACGUGGGCCACGUGGACGAAUUCAUGACUUUUGUUCCCGCGCCUGACAGAAAGGGCUUCCGGCUGCUGCUGGCCAGCCCCGACGCCGGCCUCAAACUAUUCAGAGGCUUACACAACGAUGGGCACGGACAAGCCAAACUGUUUGAGGGUCUGAAAGAUGAAGAGCAAAUAACAGUGGAUGAGAUACUUAAGGAUGAAGGCCUCCGAGCUGAAAAUAACUACGUGCAGAGCUGCAUCGACUGGAACAGAGAUGUGCUGAAGCGAGAGCUGGGCCUGGACGAGGAGGACAUCAUCGACCUGCCGAUCCUCUUCAAGUUGGUGGUGGACAAUAAUGCGGAGUUCAGAGCGUUGGCGUACUACCCUGACAUGGUGAACAUGAUCGUCUUGGGGAAAAACCUGGGCAUCCCGAAGCCCUUCGGGCCCAAGGUGAACGGGCGCUGCGCCCUGGAGGCCGAGAUGUGCUCCCUGCUGGAGAGCCUGGGCCUCAGCUGCACGUUCAUCAACGACUUCGCCUCCUACCACAAACUGCUCGGAGAGGUGCACUGCGGCUCCAACGUCCGCAGGGAACCGUUCGACUUCAAGUGGUGGAACCUGGAGAUGUGAUCGGAAAAAACUGAAAAGUGGUCGUGGAUGGCUUUCAAAAAAUAUGAAAAUAGUCGAAAGAAAACAGCACCGUGACUUAGCUUUAGGAGGGAGGAGAUAUUUCUUCGGGGGUUUCGAGUUAUGUGCCUUAUGUUAAUUUCCUUUCCAUUCCUUUUUGCUAACCACUUCAAUCAAUGUAGGAAGGACGAGCCCAGGCGCUUGAUCCGUUAUGCAGCUUAAUCUUUAUUAAACUUUUUUUUUUGUUGGCUUUAUUUUACGAAGAAAAAAAAAAGGAUGUUAAAGCAAUAUGUACACGUUUUGAACAAGGGCUUAAGCAGCAAGACUGUCGACACGAACAGAAAUACAAUCAUUUUUGAAAAUGGAGCACGCGGAAGAUUCACUCCCCGUCUCGACAACCGUUGUCGCACAAGCGCAAGCACAGUUAAGAUGAACGGUACCACACAGUGAUGGUGCUACAGUAAUACAGAGCCACAAGAGGGAGCACUUCAACUACUCAAGCAAUUCCAAAAAGGAAAAAACAUCUUUUUCUCAAAUCAAUUUGAAAGGCUGCAAUACACACAUGUGGAAUUAUAACCCC